AUGAGUAGAAAAGAUCAUGCUUGGAAGUAUAGUGUUGAAAUAGAAGUGCAGGAAAAAGAUAUUAAGGGAGGGGUGAAGAGAGUGAAAGAACAUCUUGCUUGCACACACAAAGAUGUAAAACCAUGUCCUAAAGUACCUAAAGAAGUCAAGGAUGAGAUAAGUCAAUAUUUGAAAGACUAUGAAACUACAAAAUUUAUUUCUCAACGAAAGUUUGAUGAGGCGGUGGAUUGUGGAUCCUACUUUGGUGAUGGACCUAGUGGUUUUGGUAGUGGCAAUCCUUUGGAGGGCGUGAAUUCUUGUCCUAGCGGUAGUUCUAGAGGUGUUAGAGGGCCUAUGGAUCGAUUUAUGAAGAAUAAAGGAGAUGAUGAAAAUGAAAAAAAUACUGCUGCCACAAAAAUGACUCCAACGAGUGCUAAAGAGCAUCGAAAUCAAGUAUGUUUAGAUAUUGGGAGAUUCUUUUUUGAGAAUGGGAUCCCAUUUAAUUGUGCAACAAGUCCAUCAUAUUUUAAUAUGUUGCGUUCGGUUGGGAAUUAUUGUCGAGGAUUGAAAGCUCCAACAAUGCAUGAAAUGAGGACUUGGAUACUAAAAGAAGAAGAGAAGACAACAUCCGAAAUUGUGAAUGAGAUCAAAGCAACAUGGGAACGAACAGGGGUUUCAUUAUUAUCAGAUGGUUGGUCAGAUAUGAGAAAUAGGAGUCUGAUCAAUUUUCUAGUUAACAAUCCCUAUGGGAUUGUUUUUUUGAAAACUAUUGAUGCAUCAGAUUGUGUAAAAGAUGCACAAAAAUUGUUUGAAUUGCUUGAUGAUGUUGUUGAAGAAAUUGGAGAAGAUAUUGUCAUUCAGGUGGUCACAGAUAAUGCAAGUGCAUACAAGGCAGCUGGAAGAUUAUUAAUGGAGAAGAGAAAAAUGUUGUAUUGGACUCCGUGUGCUGCUCAUUGUAUUGAUUUGAUGCUUGAGAAAAUUGGAGAAUUGCCACAACAUAAAAAUUCUUUGCUUAAAGCAAAGAGAGUUAGCAAUUUCAUCCAUAACCAUCAAUGGGUGUUGAGUUUAACAAGAAAAUUUGCAAAGAAAGAUCUUCUGACCAGCUGUCACACGGUUCGCCAUUGCCUUUCUAACUUUAGAAAGUAUGCAUCAAUUGAAGCAACUACUACAAAUGAUGUUUGUUUCAAAAGAAUGGUCAAGUUGUGCAUGGGCAAAGAAACCUGA